ACACUACAUCUGAAGACAGCAGAAAUACUAAGAUGUUCAUAUAAAGAUGCCAGAACAAAAAGAAUUAAUUCACAGCUUUAAGGGCAUUCCCUUCUCAAACAGAGUCUCCACAGAACUGCUCCAGGCCUUGGAUACCUUUGAUGCCAGAGAAGAUGAUGUGCUGUUAGUGUCCUAUCCGAAAUCAGGCACACACUGGCUGGCUGAAAUCAUGAAGAAUUUGUACAGCCGCCACAGUGAUAACCACAGUGCUGGCCUGGUGACACUGACUUCAUCUCUGGAGUUUGGAGAUCUCUCCAAAUUUGAUGAGCUGAGAAACCUUUCCAGUAAGAGGCUCAUCCCAACACACCUCAGCUAUGACAUGAUUCCUGUGCAGUUCAAAACAAAGAAUUGUAAGAUGAUUUAUGUGAUCAGGAAUCCCAAGGACACAGCAGUUUCAAUGUAUCAUUACUACCAGCAAAAUCCCCAUCUACCCAAUGUUGAGAAGUGGUCAUCGUUUUUAGAGAUAUUCCUGAAAGGUGAAGUGGUCUAUGGUUCUUGGAUUGAUCAUGUUCUGAGCUGGGAGAAGAAUAAAAGCAAUGAAAAUAUGUUGUUCCUGUACUAUGAGUCAAUGAAGAAGGAUCUCCCAAAACAUGUCAAAGAGAUCAGCUCAUUUUUGAACAUCAGUGUCAGUGAAGAUCAGAUCAGGGAGAUCUCAAAGAAAUGCUCCUUUCAUGAAAUGAAAGAACAGGCAGAAAGGGAGAAAGUGAACACAAACCACACAGUGUGCGCUCUGACAUCAGACAGGAAGCUGAUCUUCAGGAAAGGUGUUGUUGGUGACUGGAGAAACUAUUUUACCUCCAAACAGAAUGUGCAGUUUGAUGCAGUGUUCAAGGAGAAGAUCAACUCUAGUGCUUUAGCAAGCUAUGUUGAAUAUGAAUAAGAAUGAAAGGCAGGUACUGGACCUGUACACUGACAGCACUAAUAUCAAUGUACUGUAGUAUACAUCUCAAAAUAUACAUUUUAUGCUUUUCGUGAUGGGAAUGGUUUGUUUAAUAUCUGUUAUUUUUUGUUAUUUUCGUAUUUUGUACUUGUAGUAUUAUUAUAAAUCAUAUUUAGUUUCUUUUUAUUAAUUCCAAACAUUUCCAAAUUGUCAACAUUUGUUCAGCCACUAGUUUGUUUAAAAAAUAAUUAUAACUUGAAGUGCUUUAUUCUUGGAUAAUAGGUUGACUUUUAAAAGUUUGAAUAGAGUUUUGUAAAUCCCAUUGUUCAAAGGGUAUUUUAUGUAAAUCAGUUUCAUAUAUUGUAAAACUCCUUGUGUAAUUUUUGGUCUUAUGAAUUAGUUUAUAUAAAUUAUUUUAUCUGACUUUGUCAAUCUGAAAGAUGACUCAUAUUGCUUUAGAAUUAUAUUGUUGUUAUGAUAUACAGUAAACAUAAAAAUGAGAACUGAACUAUUUUUGGAUACAGGGAACACUUGUGUACUGUUUGGACUGUCUUACAUGCAGUAUAUACAUUAAUGUAUAAGUAAUUAUACUAGGUACUCUGUAAAAUCCACAAUAAAGUUGCUACAGUAGAUAUCUUCACCCUUAAAUAAUAUUAAUAAUUAUGUUGAAGAAGACCUCAGAAACCUGAGAGUGAGAGGAUGGCGAAGACUGGCUCAGGACCGAGUUGCGUGGAGGAGGCCAAGUUUCUACAAGGGCAGUAGCUCCAUGGGGUUGGGUUAAAAAAUAUUCAAUAAUUUAGAGAUAUAGGUCACCUGUAUAAACCUGGUUUGCUGAAAAAUAAUAGUGACAUACAGCUAAAGUGAUAUCUCUGCGCAAACGUGGGCAUGGGCUCAUUCUUUAUAUUAGCAUUACUGAUAGGUCAUUUCAGAGCAUAACAUACUACCUUCAUAUCUACUCCUUGGAAGUUAUUAUUAGCACAUAUCUGUCUUCCCAUUUCCUUUACAAACCCUGAAAAGUGGCUACCAAGAAACCCAAAAACAUUAGUAGCUACUCUUCUUUUUUAGGGAACAAGGAUUCAUGGGUAACCAAACGUUACCUUUCAUGUUGAAGAGUAGCAAUGAAUAGGACAGUGUAGCAAUACUGUUGCAUAGCGUACCUAGUGGUAUAUAUUGGCCUUAGCAUUAGGUCUGGAAAACUGUCAAGGACAGAGACAGCAACAAAGUGACUCGAAGACCCAUCCACAUGUACAGUAGGUGGUAAAAUCUUGAAAAAGUGUUCAGACUAGCCCACCUAACCCAAACACAGCUCUCAGACAAACCAACUCUUCUGUAGCCAAUGGGGAGCAAUAAGAAGAACCAUUAGAAGUUAUAACGGCUACUGGAAGAAAAUCAUAUAGCCAUCUGCACGGCCUAGUUGUCAUGAUCGUGAUCCCUUCUCUUAAGGGCCCUCCAACCCUUUUGUAUUUUAAUUGAUUAUGUGCACCUCCCACCUGUUUUGUGUCUCAUUAUUUAACCCUGGCGCUCUCGCUAUUCCGGGCUCAGCAUUGGAAGAUGGACGCCCGGAAGCCCGCCUACCAGCGGGUCGAGGAGAUACCCAACGGCAUAGGCUUCAUCACAGCGUCCUGACCUGCUGAGUCCGGGACUCAGAGCACCUGGCCUCGUUACUUUCUUUUAACGUCUUGUUCCUGUUCUGAAUCCCGUUCCGGAUUUUAACCCCGUCUUGUCUUGGAUGGAUCACCCGGUUUUUGGACUUUGGACUGCACCCUGGAUUUCCCGUUUUGGAUUUCCCUGGACUAGUUGCGUUCGCCACACACCCCAUCAUGAACAAUGAUGAAAGCUUCCCAUCCCAUCUAUAAGCACAAAACAACACAUGGGAGGUGAUGACACCCCUAAGGAAUGGCCAUCGCAGAAGAACAAUGGGCCUGCAUCAGUCUGCAUCAGCUGACGACGGAGCAAGCCAGGUGAACUAAGAAACCAAGCUGACGGGGGAGGUCUGUCACAAGGGCUGUGUGACAUGCAAACUCAAGAUUCGUACCCCUGCAGCUGCAAAGAGAAGAGAUGUACAGUAUAGUGGCAUCUCAGAUCUGGGUUGGAUGGAAUGGUCCACAGUGUGAAAUAUACUGUAUACACAUUUCUGUAUUGUUUGACAUGGCCAAAUUCAGACAUGGCAAUCAUGCACUAUUUUAAAAGUACAAUAAUUCAUAUGCUUGUUUAUAAGAAAUAACUGAUAUAUAAAUAGAGAGAAAAUGAA